AUGUCGACAUCUCCAUCCUCCUCCUCAGCUCCUUUAUCAGAAGAUUCAGAUCUACAGGAACUAAUGGAACAGCAGCGCAAGAACCUGCUUUCUACUCUCCCCAGACAGAGAUGGCAAGGUUCUUACCUGUACAAGUACAAUGGCUUUUGGUUCAGUACUAUGCAGAUGCCAGGGCUCGUUGAAUUCCGAAAGCACUUCCAGGCUCGAGACAGUGAUGUCCUAAUAAUCACCACUCCCAAGUCGGGCACCACAUGGCUGAAGGCCCUCGCAUUUGCCUUGAUGAACCGAAAUAUUUAUCCCAUCAACCAGAACCACCCUUUGCUCAACCAAAAUCCUCAUACUCUUGUGCUAAACUUGGAAUAUCUUAGCCCUCAUGAUAAACAGCACCCUGAUUAUUCUUUCCAAGGAUCAAGAAGACUGCUUGGAACCCACUGCCCGCUUGCGCUACUGCCCGAGUCAGUGAUGAACUCGGGUUGCAAGAUUGUCUAUCUAUGCAGAAACAUUAAGGAUAUUUUUGUCUCGUAUUGGCACUUCACUAAUAAGUUGGGGAGUACUGAAACCUCUUUCGAGGAAUUUUUUGACCUGUUUUGUAAGGGAGUGAGCUUAUCUGGACCUGUUUGGGAUCAUGUUUUAGGUUACUGGAAAGCAAGCUUGGACAAGCCCCAAAAGGUACUUUGUCUGAAGUAUGAAGAAAUGACACAAGAACCAGCUUUUAACCUGAAACAUCUUGCCGAGUUCUUGGGUUGUCCAAUUUCUCAAGAGGAAGAGACAGCAGGAGCGGUUGAUGAGAUUUUAGGGCUUUGUAGCUUUGAUCAGAUGAGAAAUUUAGAGGUGAACAAGAGCGGGACCUUGGGGAAUCUUAGGAAUCAUGCAUUUUUUCGAAAUGGUAAGGUUGGAGAUUGGAAAAAUGAUCUUCCAAGCGAGAUGGCAGGACGGCUUGAUCAGAUCACUGCACAAAAAUUCCAUGGAUCCGGAUUGGAUCUAUAA